AUUAUGGGUAACAUACCAACGCAAUGGCGGAUGUAAACAACAUUGGGCACCUGUUAUUGUGACUGCCGGUAAAAUGAUCUACCUUGUGAAAGCGUGCCUUGACCAGUCUGUGUGAGCAAUGACCAUGUCACCAUCAGGUGUAAAGCGUGAAAUGGAUGAGGAGGCUAUCAUUGAGGCCGAGAUCCAACAACAGUUGGAGGUCAUCGACCUUGACAGUGAUGAUCCCAACAACAACAUUGAUGACAACAGCAUUGAGAGACCUGUCGAGAACUUGGAGGACAACAUUGGAGAUAAGCUUGUGUUAGAUGAAGCUCACAGAUAUCUGAGUCUACUCCAGCAGCAGACUGAAAACUUUGAGAGGGAACUGACAGAGUGUGAUGACCUCAUCACCUACCACAACCAAGACAAUGGUGCCAUGAAGGAGGUGGAUCUUGGUGACCUAGAGGAGGAAGCCAGUAGACUGGGGGUAGAUCCAGCUGAACUCAGGAGGAAGAUUCUGGAGGAGAUUGAAAGGGAGGAUGAAAUGGUGGAUGUAACUGAUGUGGAUAGUACUUGGGAAACAGGACAGAGUGAUGCCCCUUUGUUUGUCACAAGUGAAGUUGAGCUCCUCACAGUGAAGCAGGAUGAGGGGACAGACAGAGUUGAGGAGUUUGAUGAACAAAGCAGUCUUAAACCAGGUGAGGGUGUGGUGGCAGUGGUUGAUGAGAUUCAAACUCAGGAACAGUUCUUUAAGCAACAGCUGCAAGAAAUGGACAUGAAGUACAGACAGAGGGAGGCAAAAUGGAGACAGGACACAGAGACAAGAAGAAGAAAAGAGGAAGAACGAGAGAAUGUGGAGAAUGAGAAAAGGCGAGAGAUAAUGUUACAGUAUCAACAGGAAGAAGAGACUUUGGCUCAACACAAAAAGAUUGCAGCUGAGAAACUUGAGGCAGAAAUUGAAGAAAAACAGAAAAUCAUCAGUGAAGAAGUUAAAACAUUUGAAGAGCAGAUAACUCUGCUAGAGACAGAGACUCGUCGGGAACAGCAGGAACUUGAGAGAUCUGUACAGCUACAGCAGGAGAAGAGGGAUCACAGUGAGAAGAUGGCUGCCACUGCUAUUCAGGCCGGAUACAGAGGAUACAGAGUUCGAAAGACAUCAAAUUCUACUCUGAAACAGAAACGAGAAGAAAGAGCUAAACUUAGAGAGGAGAAAAGGAUACAAGAAGUUGAAGAAGAAAUAAGACAGAGAAAGGAAGAAAUCAAAAAGAAGAAGAUAGAGGAACUUGAAGAAGCAAAAAGACAAGAAGAAGAAAGGAUUCAGAGAGAAAAGGAGGAAAAGCAAAGGCAGGAAGAAAUAAAAAAGGAGGAAGAGAGAAUUAAAUUUGAAGAGGAAAAGAAGAAAAAGGAAGAGGAAAAAAGACAAGAAGAGGAAGAGAAAAGACAACUGGAAUUAAAGAUCGCAGAGGAGGAAAGGAGAAAAGAAGAAAACAGGAAGUUAGAAGAGGAAAGAAAGGAAAAGGAGAGACUUGAAAAGGAAAGGAAAGAUAAGGAGAGACUUGAAGAGGAAAGAAAAAUAAAGGAGAGACUCGAUGAGGAAAGGACAGAAAAGGAGAGACUCGAAGAGGAAAAAAAGAAGAAGAAAGAACAGGAAAUGUUGGGAAAGGAAAGACUGCAAAAGGAGGAAGAACAAUUGAGACAAGAAGCAGAAGGAAAAAUAUUUCAGGAAGAGAAAGAUAAAGAAGAUUCCAACUUAAAUGAGGAAAACAGAUUGAGAGAAGAGAAUGAAAGGUUAAAGGAAGAACUACGGAAAGUAAGAGGAGAGAAUCAGGAAGAAGAUAGUCCAAAAUGUCCUUCUGAAACACAACUUGUGGAGCAAGUCGAGAACAUAGUGGUGACUGAACCAAGAAAAGAAGCAGAAAAAUUACAAGUCGAAAGUAAAGAUACAUCUAGUGAAGUUCGCAAAUCUCUGAAAGAAAAACGUGAGAAAUUUGAGGAGAGUAAGCAGCAGAGCACAUGCCAGAGCAAGAGUGCUGACACGCUAGGGAGCACCCUGCCCUCCCACCUAGAGGCAAGGCGGCUGGCCUGGAUCAAAGAGUGUCUGCCUUGGAGUAAAGUGAGCAAUGAACCAUGGAAACUCAAAGGAGGUGUGUCCAAGAAGCCCCCAAGACGACCGUCGUCUGCUAAGAAGUUACCUCCCCUGUCUGAGGAUGUUAUAAUAGCAGCAGCCCGAGUUGCUACACUGAAACAAGUGACCACUGUCCAGUUGAGUGACCUUCCAGGCUGCACAUUGUCCACCCUCAGUCACUGCUGGGGUCUCAAGUCCCUGACGUUGACCAGCUGUAAUCUAUUAGCCCUGGACAGUCUUCAUGAAUGUAAACAGCUGCAGUAUCUGAAUGUGAAGAGGAACAAGCUGGAGUAUGUUGACCUGAAGGAUCUGGGAAAUCUGCAGGUCGUUAACCUCUCUAACAAUAACCUGUCCCUCGUACAUGGGCUCGACGGCUGCACCAACAUCCGCUGGCUUGACCUCUCUUGUAACAGGAUAACAAGAUUAGGCUGUCUGGAUCCCCUUCGUCGGCUUCACACUCUUAUAUUGUCCAGCAACCAGCUCAUCAGUUGCAGCGGAAUCAGUGAUGUCCCAACACUACAGCAUCUCAACCUCUCCAACAACCAUCUGCAGCGACUUGAUGGCCUCCACAAACUGUGCCUGUUGCAGAGGCUGGACGUGUCCGCUAACAACCUACUGCAGUUCCCUGAUGUAAGGAACCAGGUGUUGCUGGAGGAGUGUGACGUGUCGGACAACAGCAUCAGCUCCCUGGAAGGACUCACCUCCUGCUGGCUGCCUCUCCUCACUACCCUCAAUCUCGCCAAAAACAGCCUGACUGAGGUGGACGUGGUGGACAAUCUGCUCCUACUGAGGAACCUGGACAUCAGCAACAACCAACUAUUGGAUCUGGAGGGACUGUGUUCAGCUUUCAGUUAUCUCCCUUAUCUGGAGGGCAUCAGUGUUCAGGACAACCCUGCCACCGAUGGAGUCACAUACCAUGAAAAGUUUACAAAGGUUUUUCCCAGACUGAAGACCCUAGAUGGUACAACAGUAACCUCUCGUAGUGGUACGACUGUCCUUCAACCUAACACUGACUUUGAGGCCAUGUGUAUGACACAGUGUCAGUACCACACCAGUGUCAGGAAUAGCUUCCUACUGGAGCUACAGACUGUUGAAUCCAAGUCUCAAGUCGAUGAUCUGGUAUUAUGUGAUGUGUAUUUCCGCUACUGUGACAAGUCGUUCAAAAUGGCAGUAGAACACCGUUAUGCACACGAAUAUGGUGAGGUGUCUGUGACAAUACCCACUGCCCCAACUACACCCAAGUCUGGUCGACCACAAUCUGCCAGAACUAAAGUCCUUCAAAAAGACGCAGAUUCUUAUCUCAGCCCAAAAGAAAUGUUUGAAAAGGCUUUGAACUGCAGCAACAAGAAGGAUGAGCAGACCAAACAAGAUGUUGUCCAUGUAUAUGAUAACCCCAGAGACUUGUUUGAGAAAGCUUUGGAGGCCAGAACAGUGACUGGCGAUGGCGGUGCUGCUGCUGCUGCUGCUGCUGCUAAAGUUCAUGGAGGAUGUGAUGAUGCUAAGAAAUUGUUUGAAAGCAGUCUCAGAACUGAGACAUCCCAGGGGAUGGGCAACGGAAAGGAACUUUUUGAAAAGUCUUUAGAGAAUCAGACAACAGAUCAGAGAACUGGUCUACAGAGCACAGCUUGGCCUGCUGAUGCUGCUGAAAGUGACCUGAACCUUCGAGCCUCACUUCAGAAUCUGCCUGCAGACGAAUUGGCCAUUUUGGAGGAGCUGCAUUCAGCGGCUACCAAAAUACAGGCCACAUGGCGGGGGUACAACCUGCGGAUGAAGUUGUCGGCUGCGCUGGAGUAUGCCAGGAGGGAGGGAGAUGGUGAUGACUCCGAUCUGGACGACUUCAAUAUGGAUGAUCUAACCUUUGAUGAGGAAUCUCUAGAGAGGGGAUGGCGACCAACAGAAACACCCCAGAUUCCACGGAGCCAUCCUGUGCUGGGCAAACCACCAAUCGGACAUCGGGGCACACCAGAUGUACUCAAGCUGGAGCUGGCCCCUGUCCACCCACCCAACCGUCCUCGCCAGGCCUGGAGGAACACUGACUCGCCCCUGUCUGAGUUGGGUCCCCACCCACCACGACCCCCAUCUUCAAUCAGAAGUCUCACUGACACCCAUCGUACAGGCCUGUCAAAGAAAGAGGAGAAGUUGGCAGAGGAAUGGGGAUUCCAUAGCUCUCGGACUGCAGAACUGAUGAUACAGAGAGCCAAGAAAAUGAAGCUGAACUCAGAGAAGAAAAAGAAACUGAGUAAACUUGAUCCCAAGCAACGACUAGCUUUGUUUCACAAACUGGAAGAAACAACAAAGCUGUCUCCAAUAAGACCAGUUGUUAGGCGAACACUACCAAGGAAGGAAUAUUUUCAAGAUAUGGCGUCUGCUUGUACUCGAGAGGAUGAGAUUCAACGCCAGGAGUUUGUGAAACGACAGGAGGCUAAGACACGCAGUGUGCGUACAUAUGAGUGGCUGCACACACAGGUGGCCAACUUCCAGGAGGGGCCUGCAGAGAGGAACAGUGACUUGGAGGGAGGUCAUCCUGCAGGUCGACACACGCACAUGACUUCUGGGUAUGAUGACUCGCAGAGUGUGGAGGAGCGGAGAUGCAGAAGGUUCUCAUCAGGUGAAGGUUCAGGUCAAACUUCAUUCUUGCCCCCAAUAAAGUCCAAUUCUGCUGGAAGCACUGGGAGUAAUGGUGGACGGAAGAAGGAGAAGAUGUCAUGGAGGAACAAACCAACUGAUGUGGAUGUUGGCUGGGGUGGGGGUCGGAAGAGACGGAACUGAUGCAGUGACACAAGCGGGCCCCGUUUCACAAAGCUAUCGUAGCGCUACCACUGUCAAAAGUCUAUGUUAAAGUAUGGGAGUUACGAUCAUCUGAGUGCUACAGUAGCUUUGUGAAAUGGGGCGGUGGUUGUUUGUUUGUUGUCUGAUGUGAAAUGGAUAUGUAAUUUGCUCUUUGAGCUGAAGCUGUGAAUGAUAAAUGUGCAUAUUUAUGAUAGGGGUGAAACAUUUACUGCUCAACUUUUGAUAAGGAUAAUUUGACAUGACUGUUUGAAUGUACAGAUAAUAUUAGGACAGUGAGUAUGAGACUCCCUAUCAAAAGUGGUGAAGAUUAACUUUUCUAAAGUCUUUGAAACUGUGCCUUUGUAGAAAAGCUUGAGAAAAAUUAGCGUUAUUCUGAUGUUUGGUAAACAGAUUACACUGAGGUAAUCGAUGGGGUUGCCCAGUGGUUAAAGCGUUCGCCCGUCACGCUGAAGUCUCGGGUUCGAUUCCCCACAUGGGUACAAUGUGUGAAGCCCAUUUUGGAGUCCCCUGCUGUCAUAUUGCUGGAAUAUUGCUACAAGCUGCAUAAAACCAAACUCACUCACUCACUAUCUCUAUAGCCAAGUGUAGUCACUUUGCAGAGUUCUUUCCCUUAUUUGCCACUGUCUGUUACACAUUAUCAGAGAUUACAUCAAAGUGAAAGAUUUCAUUAUUUUCUUUGUGUUAUUCAGUCACCAUACUGUGACUGAAAUGUUGUUGGAAGUGUUGUUGAGACAUAUGUGAUCCAACAACAUGUCAGUGUCAAUAUUGUGAUGUCUGAGCCAGGAAAAUGUCCAUAUGUUGUUUGUCUGGUAGCCAGUGUACUAUGAUACAAAAUGGUGUGUUGUAUUUAUUGAGUAUCUGUGAUAUUACUGAUUAACACUGAUUGUACUGCCAAUACACAGCCUUAAGAAUAUCACCCCAUCCACAUUUAAAGAUAAACACCCUAACCAACAAUUCCUCAAAUGGGGGGGGUGGUGUGUUAUGGUUGAAGCGUUGUCUCAUCAUGCCGAAGACCUGGGUUCGUUUACCCACAUGGGUACAAUGUGUGAUAUUGCUGGAAUAUUGCUAAAAGCGGCGUAAAACUAAACUCACUCACUCACUCUGAACCCGGCCUGAUCCCAAGUUGUACCACAUUAGCUCGUAUAAACUGGCACAAAUGAUAUAAAUUAACGUGUCAAGUUUGAUUAAAGCUACAAAAAAAAUACUGAUUUCUUUGUCAGAAAUAUAAUUCUAUGAUGGUAAAGUAUGAUCACUUCUUAAAGAAUAACUCAGUGAAGGUAAAUUAGCAAGGGUGUUGUUUUUGUUGUUGUGAUGACUAGCUCAGUCAGCUGCUUUAACAGAUUUGUUGUGUUUGUUUAUAAAAUUCUUGAAUGCCAAUGAUUUAGUAAUCUCAACUAGUCAAUAGUCAAUGACUUCUUCAAAUCAGAAUAUGAUGUUCAUUAUCAUGUUUGAAAAACUACUUUAAUGAAAUGUGUUUUUGAAUAUUAGUACUGCAUAAACAUGGCAAACAUAUAUUUUCAAUGCAUUUCCUUUUUUUUUGUGCUAUGUAAGUAAUGAAAUAUAUUUAGUCAUACAGGUUGUUCAUUUUGCAUUCAUUUCGUUUCAUUGUGUAGAAGUAUAUUCUUUACAGUGGAGCCAUACUAUUAAAAAUACCAUGCCUUAA